AUGGAAAAUAUUGGUACCAGUCCCUCUUGCGAAGGCAAUGACAAAGGCGAAAAUGCCGUCCUCAACACAUUCGACCUCUAUCUCGACAACAUCGACGAGACCACCGUUGCUAAUUCCGUACAUCUAGGUGGCCUCAUGGAUGAUUACAGUCAAGCCCUUGGAACAGGACAGGAAUGCGCGGAAAUGGCGUUUCCCAGACUAGAUGCCAUCCUCUUUCUACUGCUAGCCGAAAUGAAGAAGAGAUACCCCACGGCCUUGCAACCCUCCGAUUAUACACCGAGCUUUUUCAGUCAGGUUCCUUUCGUUGUGGACCGUCGGGUUGCGGGAGUACCUGAUUCUUAUCAGGAAACGGUGGACUACAUGCUGUGUUAUGGAUCGAUUCCGGCUUUGGAAACGAAUCUUCUGGUGUUUAGGGAUAAGGUGCUUCAUUCGGAUGCGAGGACUCGCACGGCCAUUUCGGUGAUUAAUCGGGUUCGGAGAAACAACCGCUUCAAGGCAGCCAUUUAUGGCAUUUACACCAAUUCCUAUCAAUGGACUUUUCUGAAUUACGAUGACAAUGGAGUGGUAUUGUGA